UAUCAGGAUUUGAGGGAGGGAGCCUUUUUCCAAAGAAAGGAGGGAAGAAAACUAGGUUUACUAAAAAGAUUAACUCUGCAAGAGAUGUCCCAUUUCAUUUCCUGCUAAAAGAUUAAGAGUUUUACAAAUGAUGUCCGGUCUCACUAAGGCUAAGAAUGCAUGACUGAUAAUUCUCAAGAAUGUACUUUUUACUAUAAGAAUUUUUAACUUUUCUUUCUUCUUUGGAACACUUCUAGAUUUUUGCCUAGCGGUGUUCCCGGUUUGCAAACUCCAAAACUCUUGAAUAAAUCUCUAUCAUUCAUUUCUAGCAGAGCCUCCAGACUCUUAGCAUUCAUUUGACAGCACUAUAGUAGAGGAGAAGGUACAGUGCAGAGGCAACAGCGGACGUGCUCUCCAGCACAAGUAAUAUCACAGAACAGUGUGUGGUGUGUGACUUUCCAGAAUAAUAACUUUUAGUGCCUCUGCUUGCCCUGGGCUGUUCUCCUAAGGAUCCUUUUGAUUUUGUGGAAAGCAACAGCCAAAGAGAAAACUGUACACAGUAAUAUGUAUAUUUCAGUUGGAGUCUAAGUCAAGGGAGCAUGAACCCAAUUCUCUUCCUCAUCUUUCAGGUCUUGGUGGACCCUGCACCCUCCAUUGCACAAUUCAGAAGCUUGGCACUCAGUAGGCACUCAAUAAAUGUCUGUGCCAAGUGAAAAAAACUUGCUGGGGCAAGUAGAAGCCAAUCCUGCGUCCCUCCCUCCCUUUUUUCCUCCCUGGCAACCUAUGAGGCUCUGGUUUCCUUCAAGAGUGAAUUAUUCAUGUCUGCUCAAAGAUAUCAAAUUGGCCCUUUCCAGGUUGCCAGCAGGGUGGGGCAAGGAGGUGGCUUUGUUCAGUCUGUAAGUGGGAGGGGCAACCCCCUCGUUCAAACAGUGCUUGCAGGUGGAUGACCAUUUUUGCUAAGUCAUUCUGGGAAUGCUCAAAGCCCUAUUGUGAGAGCCUUCUUGUCCCAGUUUCCUCCUUCCUUACCACUCCUUUAAAAGACCCUGAAGUAGGCUCACGCCACUCUGCCAGUCUCACCCUGCCCUUGCACGAUGGCUUACAUUGCCAAGUCCUUCUACGACCUCACUGCUAUCAGCCUGGAUGGGGAGAAGGUAGAUUUCAACACAUUCCGAGGCAGGGCAGUGCUGAUUGAGAAUGUGGCUUCGCUCUGAGGCACAACCACCCGGGACUUCACCCACCUCAACGAGCUGCAAUGCCGCUUUCCCAGGCGCCUGGUGGUUCUUGGCUUCCCCUGCAACCAAUUUGGACAUCAGGAAAACUGCCAUAAUGAGGAGAUCCUGAACAGUCUCAAGUAUGUCCGCCCUGGGGGUGGAUUCCAGCCUACCUUUACCCUUGUCCAAAAGUGUGAGGUGAAUGGUCAGAACGAGCAUCCUGUUUUCGCCUACCUGAAGGACAAGCUCCCUUAUCCUUAUGACGACCCAUUUUCUCUCAUGACUGAUCCCAAGUUCAUCAUUUGGAGCCCAGUGCGCCGCUCAGACGUGGCCUGGAACUUUGAGAAGUUCCUUAUUGGCCCAGAGGGGGAGCCCUUCCGACGCUACAGCCGCACCUUCCCUACCAUCAACAUUGAGCCUGACAUCAAGCGCCUCCUCAAAGUUGCCAUAUAGACACGAGCUGCUCAGCACACAGAUCUACUCCAUCCAGCCCCUGAGUAUCUUUCCUUAGGAUUCAGUGUGCCCUCAGGAGAAGAUGCUGGACCUAAGCUUUCCCUUAGAUCAGUCCCUUUCAUUGAAGAGCCUUGCCUUUCAGGUCUGCCCAUUUCAUUUUUCUCUCCCAACUUUCUGGUUGGUGAUUCAACUUGGGCCUCCAAGACGUGGGUGGGCACUGGGCCUUCACAGAAUGAUGGCACUUUCCUAAACUUGUAUGGGCGGUGUCUGAGACAUGUGAAGGGCCCUGAGCCAACCUGCUAGCUGAGUCCAAUAAACGGCAGGUGUGGAAA